AUUCAUGAUCCAUUGGUUUGCUGGUGUUUUCUGUGUAGCUACCCUAAUCUCCCUUCUGCUCAAGUAAUUCCAAAAGGCAAAUCAGCCAUAUCUUAAACAAAUCUAACCUCUUUUAAUUUCCAGGUGAGAGAAAGAGAGUUGAGAUUCUUUCUUUCUAAUAUUUAUUUUUUGUUAUCUCGAAACCCUAAAAGCAGAUCAAGUCGUCGUCAACGUGGUGUUUGAUAUGUCUGAUGAGAACCCAUUUCAUCAUUUCCAUAACCAGAUGGGAAAUGGAAGGAUCAAUACGUUUCCCUUCUUCGGCGACGACGACGAUCAUUGUCGUCAUCACGAAGAAUUCGGCGAGCCUCCGUCGUACGUGAGCUUCACGGAGAGCUUACAGGGUUCCAUGGACUAUAACUCCCUCUCAAACGCUUUCGGCAUGUCGUGUUCUUCGCCGGAGGUCGGCGGCCCUCCCCCGGAACACUUCCAUCAUCAUCAAGAAUCUUCUCGGAAGAGCAGUGUUUCCGGGGGAGAGCCGCCGCCGAUUGGUGCCGGAGAGAAUAUUCCGUUCCCGGCAAACUCGUCGGCCUCCUCCUACUCGAGCGAGGCUGAGGGCGGAGGAGGAGGAGGAGGAGGAGGAGACGACGAUUCUUCAAAGAGCAAGAAAGAUCUGCAGCCUAAAGGCUGUGAAGAUGGAGAGGAUGAGAAGUCUACAAAAAUACACAAAGGGGCAUCGACGAAGAAGAAAGGUGGGAAAAGACAAAAACAACCCCGAUUCUCCUUCUUGACGAAAAGCGAAAUUGAUAAUCUUGAAGAUGGAUAUAGGUGGAGAAAAUAUGGCCAAAAAGCUGUCAAGAACAGCCCAUUCCCCAGGAGUUAUUACAGGUGCACUAGCCAAAAGUGCACGGUGAAGAAGCGGGUGGAGAGGUCGUACGAAGAUCCGACGGUGGUGGUGACCACCUACGAGGGGCAGCACAACCACCACUGCCCGGCGACCCUGCGGGGCAACGCGGUGGCGCUCUUAUCUCCCGCCUCAUUCUUGGCGUCAUCGUCUCCGGCUGCAGCAGCGCUGAUGCCCCACUUUCCUCACGAACUUCUGAUGAAUCCAAUGAUGGCGGGCCCCAAUUUCGGGAACCACCCUAACUAUUCAAUUUACGGUAAUAAUAAUAACAAUAACUACCAGCAGCAAGGCCUCAAUCCCCAUGAUCACCAUCAGCAGCAGCAUUUUUAUGAGCAGAUGAUGAUGGCCCAGCAGCCCUCUAUGGAUCACUACACUUUGUUCCAGGACGUGGGGGUCCUUAAAAAUGAGCACCAUUGAUCGAUGCAUGCAGCUAGUGAAUAAUGCUUGAGGAUUUUGAUCCUCUGUACUAGCUUGGAGGAUGGGAUUGGAGCUAGACCACGACCAUACUACUAUACAUACAAUGGCGAUAUUGAAAUUCUAGUCGAGCAUGUGAUCCAUAGCGUGGAACGAAGAUAUUUUGUGACGUUUAUGGCACUUGCAUAAUGUAUCUCAUCAUGGUUCUAAGUAUUAAAUUUAGAUUAUUGGA